CAGUUCGAAAAUAAAAAUUCCUUUUUCAGAUAAAAUAGAAUAACCACUCAAUAAUGUAAUCGGCCACUGUCGUUAACACUGAUCUUCCUUAUCCUCCUAAUAUCAUUUUCUUUAAUGGGGCCUUGAUUCCUUUUGUGGUUGUUCAAUUUCGACAUUUCAUCCUAAUAAUUCUAAUCCACAAUAAUCCCAAUCCUUAAUUUGGUUAAUCAAACUCAUUAUUUUCGAAUGUAGUAAUUGAAGUCUUAUUUUUAAGUAAAAAUGGAGAAAGUUUUGUUAGGAUAUGGUUCGUCAAAUUCUAUGUCAAACUCUUCGAGUAGAAGAGACUCAGAAGUUGAUUUUAGUGAUGUUUUUGGCGGACCACCCAGGUGUUCUUCAACCCAUGAAUUUUACUUAAAUGAUAGUGUUGAUGGUGACGAUGAUAGCAGGGAUGGGUUAAGGAAUUCAUGGUCCGGGUUGAGAGAAAAACCCGUAUUCGGGGAAGAAAUUGGUGUUCGAAGGAGGUACACAAAUGAGGAUUUCUAUGGUGAUAUAUUUGGUGGUGAUCAACCUUUGCUGAGUAGUUCUGUAUCUCCAAAAAUGCUUAUGCCGGGUAGGAACCCGUUUUCGUCAGCCCCGGGUUCGAGGUUAAUGAGUCCUUCACGGCCUGCGACUGAAUCCUGUCCAGCUCCCUUGCACUUCAGCUUACCAGGCAGAACAGCAAUCCCAGAUACUAUGGCAUCUACUUCAAUGAAUCAAAGCUCGAAUUUAUCUAGGCGUUCACUUUCCAGAUUUAACCAAACUAUCCAGAAUUAUUCGGAAAUUCAUGAUGAUCAACCAAGUGCUAUGUCAAGUCAGGUUUCUGUUGAUGGUAAUGAGUCAACAAGCAAUAACAAGUUAGACGGAGCAGAAUAUGAGGGUGAAGUUAUUGUCAAUUCAAAAGGUUCACAAUUUCAUAACAAUAACAUCCAGUUUCAUUUUUCUAUAUAUAAAUGGCCAAGCAAAGGAGUACAGUAUGUAAUGUCUUCUAAGAGAAUAAGUUCAAAAGAGAGAAUGACAGAUGAUAGAUACUUAAGCAGUAGUGAAGGGAUUGGAAGUGCUUAUUUGGUUAUGGAAAACAAUAAAGAAGGUGUGAUCGUUAAUGAGUCUGUUUCCUCUAGCAAACGCCAGAUGCCAUCUACUUCAAAUGAUGACACAGUUGUACAUGAAACUAGUGCAGAUGUCACUGGUUCUGGUCCUGUCAUGUUUGAUGCAACUUAUCAAGUAGGUGAAGCUCCUCCUUCCAUUGGGCUAGAGGAUACGAAACAAGUACCUAUUCUUUCACAGAAACUUUCAGAUGCAGUAGCAGAGGAUAGUUCUCUGAAACAUUCUUCAAAGAAAACGAAAUCUAACAUGAUGUCUCUAGCCUCCUUGUUUGGGGAAGAGAAAAAAGGAAAAAAGAAAGCAGCUUCUGAAAAGGGAGGGAAGAAAAAAAAGGUUAAUGAAACAGACAAAGUAUCUGUGAAUGAUGAGAUCUCAAGUUACAAAGAUAACAAAAGUAAGGUGCAAAAUUCAUCUGCUGGAGCAGAAGAAAAUGAUGAUAUUUCAAGUAACAAAAACAACAAUGUUAACAAAAGUAAGGUGCAUAAGUCGUCCGCUGGAGCAAAAGAGAGUGAUGAUACCCCAAGUAACAACGUUAACAAAAGUAAGGUUCAUAAGUCAUCCUCUGGGGCAAAAGAGAAUGGUGAGACCUCAAGCAACAAUGUUAGGAAAAGUAAGGUGCAUAAUUCGUCUGCUGGAGCAAAAGAGGGUGAUGAUACAUCAAAUAACACGGUUGACAAACGUAAGGUGGUGCAAAAGUCAUCUACUGGAGCAAAGAAUGAUGUUUCCAAAAACGAUGCUGCUGGAAAAGUUAAAGAUUUUGUCAAAAUAUUCAACCAGGAUUCUACUUCAAAAGAAAAGAGUAAUAUUGCGGGUAAAAGUCGUAGUUGGAGAUGGAAGAACACAACUAACUCUGAAGCAAAGAAUGAAGUUAAGACCUCUUCUGCUGAUAACCAUGAUGAAGUAAUGCAAGCUUCCUAUGUCAACUUGGACAAAACGUGGUCAGAGUCCAUACAAGUGGUUGAUGGAGAAUCUUUUCUAUCAGUUGAUCAAGUAUUCAUCUUCGAUGACAGUCAUAGAGUCGGUGACACUACUACUUCGGCGUCAAAUACUGAACCAAAUACAGAUGAUAUUAGAGCUUCAUCCCCGAAAAUCAAUGCAACUUCUUCUAUUGAUGAUAUCCUGGAUAAGGGAUUGUUACAAGACAUUGAAACAGAAUUAGCAACCGAUUCUCAGGAGGAAAAUAAGGGUUAUGAAAGUAAAGUACGACAAUGGUCUAAAGGAAAGGAAGGAAACAUACGUGCACUGCUUUCAACAAUGCAAUUUGUUCUUUGGCCUAACAGUGGAUGGAAGCCAAUUCCACUUGUUGAUAUAAUAGAAGCAAAUGCAGUGAAAAAAGCAUAUCAAAGAGCUCUACUAUGCUUGCACCCUGAUAAAUUACAACAGAAAGGUGCUGCUCCAUAUCAAAAGUUCAUUGCAGAAAAGGUUUUUGAUAUUUUGCAGGGGAGAUAUUUAGGAACGAGGGUUGUCCGCAGGAUUUGGAUGUGUGCGCCAGAACAGGCGCACUAUGCCUGAUACAACGGGGCCCACUGGCUUCUUGGGGGUGUCGCUGGGUGCAGGGGGUCACCGAUGGCCCUGGUGGCUCUCUCCACUCAGCGUGAACCUUCGUUUUGUCGCCUGCGUUCAUGAUUAAUUCGGAUUAAUUUAUUCGAAAUAAGAGUUCGAAUUUAUUUAAUUAUGCUGGUCAUAUUUUAUACUCCCUCUGUCCCAGAAUACUCGCACCGGUUCGAGUCGACACGCUUGCCAAUGCACAACUUUGACCACCAAUAUCUUUAACUACAUAUUAUAAAAACUUAUGAAAUAUUAAUAUUUUGAAAAUAUAUGUUAAGAUGAAGCCAACAAUAUAUUAUAUGCUAACUUUUGUUUUCAUAUACUAGAAAUAAAAUAGGGUCAAAGUGAAUUAUGUGAAUAGUGCAAAAAGUCAAACCGGUGCGUGUAUUCCGGGACGGAGGGAGUAAUUAUCUGUAAUUAAUAUUUCUUGCUUAACUUUCAUUUUAUUUUAUAGGUUAAGGUAAUUAAUUAUGCAGGGUUUGCAUGAUUAAUAUUAAUUUUUUUAUUAUCUAACUUGUUUUAUUUUGUAGCUCUAU